AUGCAAAUCCUCGGGCGGAACCCCCGUCUCGGACCUCGCGCCCAGGGAGCCCCACUGAGUCUCGAAGCCGGAUUUUUUAAUAGGGAAGGCCACUUCCCGUUUUCUUCGGAGUUAUGUCUGCUGUGGAUCUCGCUCGAUGUUCUCUUCUGCACAUCUUCAAUCAUGCAUCUCUGCACACUCUCCGUCGAUCGCUUCCUCUCGCUCAGGUACCCGAUGAAGUUCGGCCGCCACAAGACGCGGCGCCGCGUGGUGCUGAAGAUCGUGCUGGUGUGGUGCCUGUCCCUGGCGGCGUCGCUGCCGCUUUCCCUGAUGUACGCCACGGACCCGCACUCCACCAUCGUGGACGGCGUCUGCCAGAUCCCCGUCUCGCUCUUCCAGAUCAUCGGCUCCGUCAUCUGCUUCUACAUCCCGCUCGUCAUAAUGCUGGUCACGUACGCCCUCACGCUGCGCCUGCUGUCCAAAAAGCAGAACGAACUGCACGCCGGCCUGCUGGAGACGUCGUCGGCGUCGCCGUCGCCGCGCUCGCUGCGCUGGAAGAAGCUCCUCUGCAAGACCACGUCCAACCUCAGCACGAGCACCGCCGUCUCGUUGGCCGACGGUGAUAUCUCCGAGGGCGGCUGCGGCGCCCUCGAAGCCCGCUGCGACGAGGGAAAGCUGCGGCGCUUCGGGAGCAGCCCCUCGCGGCGCCCUCCGCUCGUGCGCUACACCAGCCACCAUUACCGCACGGCGCUGCACAGGGGCGGCGCCGCCGGGUGCCCGAGGCGCGGCUACUCGGCGAGGGAGGUCAAGGACGACGACGCCGGCGCGACGCUGGCGGGGGAGCGCCUGCUGCCCUCGCUGCCCGCCAACGCCGUCUACGAGCUGAGCGUGUUCUCGCAUGACUCGCCCGAGCGGCCGCGCUCCGCCCCGACGUCCACCACCACGUCGCCCCGCCGCCGCAGGAACCGCAGCCCCGGCGGGAUGUCGCAGCAGGACGAGGCCAAGGAGAACGUCGUGUCUGAGGAGACGUCGGCCGAGAUCGAGGUCCAGCAGGCCGCGGACGCCGUGAGCUGCGAGCAGAACGGCGACCCGAGAAGGGCGGCGACGAAGGCGGCGACGGCGCCGUCCACGUGCGGGGAGACGUGCGACGCCGGUGACAACAGCAGCAGCCACGUCGCCGUGCCCUGUAGCUGCGCGCCGAGGUUCUUCCUGGAGGACAUCAAGGCGAGCGCGGGGGCGCAGUGCGAAGAGUGCGCUGAGCCGCGGCCGCAGGACCCCUCAUCGACGUUCCGCAGCCACCAGCACGGCCGCAAGCGCAGCCGCGACUCGGGCCACGGCAAGGAGGGGCGCGGAGGCACCUGCUGCGCGUGCAGGAGGCGGGGGGCGGGCUGGUGCUGCUCGCUCGAGGGCCCCGACGUCGGCUGGUGUUGCUCGGGCGUCCUCGCGCGCAUCGCGUCCCUCCGCCACACCGGCUCCCGAGCUGACGGCGGAGGCUUGGCGUCCCCUUGGCACGAGGGGUCGCCCCGCACGCACGACCUCGUCGCCAGAGCAGCCAACCUCAGGUCAGGAGGUCAGGUCAGCACGAUGCUCCGGAAACCUUCGUCGGGAGAGUCGUCUUCUAUUACGUCAUCGCCUUCUUCAGGUCGAAGCUUAUGGAGGCAGCAGUCGUGCACGGCCUCCAUCAAGUACAUGUCCUCUAAGAAGCAUGGCAGGAACAUUCGCAUGGAGCAGAAGGCCACCAAGGUCCUCGGCGUCGUCUUCUUCACGUUCGUGCUGUUGUGGGCGCCGUUCUUCAUCGCGAACGUGCUCAUCUCGUGCGGCGCCCACAUCGGCGAGGAGGUCAUCAACCUGGUGACCUGGCUGGGCUACGCGUCCUCCAUGGUCAACCCGUUCUUCUACACGUUCUUCAAUAAGACCUUCAGACAGACCUUUCUCAAGAUUAUCAAGUGUCAGAUGAAGAGUGGGAGAAAAUAUCAUUUUUGAAUUUACUGCGUAGAUUUAAAAUCUUUAUUUUUUUCCUAUUUUCUCCAUACACGUUUUCCUUCUUCCUCUUCUUCUUGUCUUCUAUUUGAUUUGCUGUUUUUUUCCUAGAUUGUUAUUUUCUUAUGCUCUUUAGUUUUCGUUUCGAAUCUUCAAAGAAAAUCUGUCGACGUUCAGAUCUGAUCUUUGUCUUGCAUUUCUCUCUAUCUAUAUGUCUUCUUUAACACUCGAUUGAAUAAGAAUAACAUUCCACACGUGUCAAAGAAGGAACAGUUGCUCAAAUACGUUCCAUUAAAGGGUAUCGUUUAGGGGGAGAAUGACAUGGUGUGACUUACGGGAAAUUACAUAUAAGAUAAAAGAUAUUUAUGAGUAUUGUUCGAUGGAUUAUCUGGACAAUCCAUUCGCAUGGCCUAGUCAAUGGACAAAUAAUUAUUACGUGUAAAUUCUAUUGGAAUCUCGCUGUAUCCUUUUGUGGACCUGAGUGGGUGAGUGCGUGUGGGUGUGUUAGCGUGCGCGGUUGUAUGUGCUGUAUAUAUAAUACGUUUACAUUAUCUGUACAGUAUGUAGGUACAUGUAUGCGUACAUAUACAUACUUGCA